CAAUUCAAUAUGAUAAUUCAAAUGACGAACAAAAAUGGCAAUUAAAAGAAGACACGACAAGAAUAGCUGCAGAAAACGGAAAUUUGGAAUUGUUAAAAUAUGCAUUUCAAAAAGGAUGUAAAUGGGAUGAAAAAACAACAGAAGCUGCUGCAAAUAAUGGUCAUUUAGAAUGUUUAAAAUAUGCUUAUGAAAAUGGUUAUACAACUUAUACAGCUGUUUUUAAUAGAAAUCUGGAAAAUUUAAAAUAUUUACACGAAAAAGGAUGCCCAUGGGAUGAUAGAAUUACUUAUGAGGCCGCCAUUCAGGGUAAUUUACAUAUUUUAAAAUAUGCAUAUGAAAAUGGAUGUCCUUGGAAUGAAAGAACAACAGUAGCCUCUGCUUCUAUUGGUAAUUUAGAAUGUUUAAAAUAUGCAAUUGAAAAUGGUUGUAAAUGUCAUAAACAUACAACUACUGAGGCAGCCAAAAGAG